GGCACCCCAAGGCCGUUCGGUGUGAAAGGCAAGGACACAUCUUAUGAAAAGGGUUUUGUGCUUGAUGCAGAGGAGAACAGGGAAGUGGAAUUCAAAUCUCUCACCGGUGCACAACUCUCUACACUUCCUUGGAAAAUAAUGGAUAAGGCAAAAAAGUUUAUCUGUGCCUGCUUGAAUGCAGAUAGUAAAGGCAUCAUCUAUUUCGGAGUUGGAGAUUGUCAAGAGCAGUCCUCAAAGUUUAAACGAGGUGAAAUUCUUGGCCUUGAUGCGGAAGACGUUAUAGACGAAAUUAUGAAAGCUUUCCAAUUUGUCUUGGACGAUCAUAUCAAAAGUGACUCUGGUCAGCUUCAGAAGGGAGGAGAUCAGAGCUGUAUCAACCUAGAGUUCGUCCCAGUGACAAGUAGUGGAGCCCGCACAAGACUCUAUGUCAUCGAAAUAGAGGUCAUACGAGACUGGAAACUAUGCAAAGACAGUGUUUAUUAUUCAAAAUGUUGGUCUGAGAAGCGCGGAGCAAAGACUGAUAAAGAUUCUUCCACAAAAAAAUCCUUAAAUGACCUCUUCAAGGUUCACAAAGAUGAAUACGACGACGUCGCUAUUCGAACUAAUGGCGCAUCCACCAGCGUUAAACAGCACGAAGUUAACAGACAAGUAAGAGAGCCCCUUACUGCGAAGUAUAAAGAUUGGAAGAGAGAGACAAAACAAAGUAAGUAUGAGGUUUUUGUUUGAGGAAAAGUUUUUGAAAUUCUGAUCAUCUUUGGCUAUUGUCAAAUGAUGGCUUGUGGAACAAAUCAGUUAUCAUCUGUCGACAAUUUCUCAUCUGUUCAGACAUCUUACUCGUAGAAGGGUUAUCUUUUCAAUAUUAAAGCGUCGGAGGCCAGAUUUGAAGCCAGAAUAAAAUAUAUAUAUAUGUGUUAUAUUUAUAUAUGUGGAGGCGCGGUGGCCUCAUGGUUAGUGCGCUCAACUCCGGAUCGGCCAGGUGGUCCGGGUUCGAGCCCUGGCCGGGGUCAUUGUGUUGUGUUCUUAGGCAAGACACUUUACUCUCACAGUGCUUCUCUUCACCCAGGUGUACAAAUGGGUACCAGCAAAUAUGCUGGGGAUAACCCUGCGAUGGACUAGCCAUCCUAUCCAGGGGGGAGUAGCAAUACUCCUAGCCGAAAAAAGGAAAAAAGGAAACCGGAGUUAGGCACCGGCCCCAUGGGCCUCUUUACCAUAUGUAUAUGUAUACAUACAUACACACACAUAUAUAUAUAUAUAUUCUUAAUUCCAACCCAACUUUAUAUACUCCUCUUACAGGUGUCAACGAGCCUCCAGUAGGUCCUAUUUUGGAUGAUUCUGACAUCAAAAGGUUCAGCAAUUUGGUGAGAGAAAGAUUGCGGAACAUGAACUUUAAAGAUUUUGGCUACAUUCUCAUAGCGAAUAAGAUGCCACCACGUUACAGAGACACACCACAUUUGGCCUUCCUGCAAAAUAUCCCCUGGCUUGCAGUAUUCGAUUUGUUUGAUGUUGCCUCUAAGAAAGAUGGCUUGUACUUCGUUUUCAAUGAAACCACAGAUGCACCUAGAGCGAAACUCAGAAGCCUUGAUGACUUCAAAGAUGUGUCAUCUGAUUUGAUAUCGAGAAGCGAAUUCACUCUGCCAACUAGAGGAACCACCUGGAUUUUGAGAAACGAAGAAAUGCAGAAUGGUGACUGGAUAAAAUGUUGCAGAGACUGUUUUUACCGGGCUCUCUCUGCUUAUAAACUCUGUUUUCCACCUGGACGGCUGUUGUGCGUCUUUCUUGGCCUUAAUGAAAGCGCUAUUCAAGAAAUGGCAGACAUGAUGGAAUGCUGUUUUAGCAUCUUUGGAAACUCAGCGAGUAAUUGUGUUUCCAUUCUAAGUGAAAACAGAAAUGUAACAGACGCAUUCAUGAAGGCCUCAAGAAGCUCGCUCCAGAGAGAUCUCAGAGAAUGUUGCAUUCCUGGCAUUCCUUGGAGCCUCCUAAAGGAGAUCGUGCGUGAAAUGAUUGGGCCGAGCAAAUUUGAGGAAAGAGGUGCUACUACUGCUCUUCCAUAUUUUACUGGUCAGAAAGAAGUGCUUAACAAAGUUAUCCAUUCAUGGGAUGAUCUCGAAGUUUACAGUCCAAACCCUAAACUUUCAAGCCUAACGGAAGAGAUAGAGAAAGCAAGAAAUGCUUUUUACAAAGGUGCACAAGCAAGCCAGACGAAUUUGCUUCAUAACCAUUGCAUCUCAAGAACACUGGAAGAAGAGACGAGUCUGAAAAUUGAAAAUGCAUUGAAGUCCUUGUCCAAACCUUCUAAAGACCUUAACUGUCAUGUCAAGACGGUCACCGUUCCUUACGAGCCUGGCUCUGGUGCAACCACCAUGUGCCGUAGAAUCCUUUGGAACAAACGAAAUGAUUACCGUUGCGCCGUUGUCAAGGCCAUAACACCAGCAACCGACUAUCAAAUUGAGAAUCUCCAAGGAGUCGCUUACGAUGAGAAAAAUGCAAAUUUUUCACCGCCUGCACUUGUACUGGUGGACAACUUCCCUGAGAACGACACAAGGCGGCUAACAGAGAAGAUUAUGAAAAGGCAGACUAAGUGUGUCAUCCUUUCAACGCUCCCAAUUGGCAAGUUAACAGAAAACUCUGACUUUGACAUACCUUCACUGCGGCAGCUGGAUGAGAAGGAGAUGUGUCUCGUGAAAGAUAUCCUUAUCAAUAUCACAAGUGACAGCGAAAGAAGGAAGGGGGCGGAGGAAGUUCUUGAAAGGGAAAAGCGCUUCAUUUGGUUUGGCUUAGAGCUCUUUGGACGUGAAUAUCACAAGAUCGAGAAGAGGCUCCAAAACCACAUAAAUAGCACCUUGGACUUUAUGGGCGAUACCUUAGAAAUUCACAAGACGGUUCUCAAUUUCUGCUGUUUUCUUCAUUACUACAGCGGUGGUCGUGCUAUACUUCCCCACCCAGUCACUAGCGACUUCCUUUAUGAAUCAAGUAAUGAAACUGAAGAAGAUUGCGCGCUCAUGGAACAUGUUCACAAGAUCUUUGGUGGGCUCCUCCUUGACGAUUUCAAUGAAACAAAUGGUUAUCAUGGCUGGCGUCCAGCACACUCGUUGGUCAGUGAAGUUGUCAAAUCAAGGAUGAACAUCGAAGACACCGCAAUACUGCUCUUGGAGAAGAUACACAAAGGAAAGGCUUAUGUGAACAAGUAUUUGAAGGAGCAAGUUUUCAAGCUUUUCCUAGAUCGCAAACGAAUUUCUGAUCCAGUAUUUCUCGAAAAUCUAGAAGCCGACGAUGGCAGUAUAGAUUCGGACUUCGACAGCGAGGUUGUUGGCUUUCAUGAGGUGCGCACCAGAUAUUCUCCUUUGAUAAUGGACGUCUUAGAAGGGGACAAUGGUAUUCGAUGCGCCCUUAAAUUGCUGAUCAAUAUUUGCCAGAAGGCUUCCCAAACUGAAGAGAAGGCAUACGCGUGGCAACAAUUGGCUCGGUUCAUGGGAUAUGAGAUGCGAACGAAAGGAAUGGAUCCAGACGAUGACCUGCAUAAUCGUCUUCACAGCACUAUGAAUUCUAGCGUACCAGAAGGCACGAAAUUUGCUAUGCCUCAAACUGGCAUAGAGACAGCCCACCUUGCUGUAGAUAUUGCUAUAAAGCAGCAGCCAAAGUACAGUCAUCACUACGUAACUAAAGGUGUACUUUACCUACUGCAGCUUCGAGAUUUUAAACCCGAGGAUCUGCCUAACCUUCAUUGCUCAAUGCCAGCAGUGAUCGAUAUAUGUCGUAAGGCACUUGAAGUGUACGAUAAAGCACUAAGCAAAACGCACGCCCUUAACCAUUACUCGAUGAUCGGGAAAAUUCAAGCCAUCAUAUCUCUUCUUCAGAUUGUCAAAGGAGUACCUUGUUUCCGUCACGAAGGCGAGAGAUUUACAAGAUAUUUGAAAAACUCUGAAAUUCCUAAAGAGAUGCCUGAAAACGCGCUGAAACUUGAGGAUGACAACUAUGUCCAGGAUCUUGGUACAAAGGCGCUAAAUCUAUUUAAUGAACUAUUUCGAGACGUCAAGCUGCGGCAAAUGACUACUUACGAUGAAAAGGAAAUCAGAGGCUUGAAUAAUGCGAAAAUAAGAGCAUCGAAACUGCGGCGAACCUUUUAUGAAGUAACCGGGUUCGACAGAAGUGACCUUAGUGACGUCGAACUACCAACGCCCUCGUCACCUUUAAUGAGUAACGCACCUGCCCUCUACCAGCAGGUGGUGCAAGACAUUCUGUUCAAGUAUAACGAGACCCCAUACAGUUCCUGGGCUAAUCUCAAUGAUGGCGAAGUGUCGUCGGUGUAUAAUUUACUCAAAGAGCUUUGCCUCCGUGGUUUUGGGAGCCACGACGAUAUGUUGAUUUGUUGCAAGGCCUGUUUACGCCUAAUUGAAAGACCAUCCGUGGAAGAAUUGGACAAAAUUGUCAACAAGUGGGUUGCGAAGUAUCCCAACUCAGAAUGGGCUCACCUUUUCAACUACAUGAUCCACUUUCCAAUACCAAAUGGAAGCCUAGCCUCGUUAAGUAAUUCCUCAAAGCUGUCCAUUAAAAGGUGUGACAAAAUUGUUCGAGACAAAACGGGAAUAGGCUUUAGGAAAUCUGGAGCAGAGUACUUUCUUGGAAAGGGAAUUGGAUUAUACGCCAUUGUAAAUAGCCAAGAAUUUCGAUGGUUAGAAACGAAGAGGGAAACGAAGACUGACUUUUGGAGAAGUAAAGAAAUCUCUGAAAAGCUGGAACGCGUCUGUGGUCAAAAAGACGUCAACUUUAAAGGAGUUAUCAAAUACCAAGGAAUUCAGCUUCGUUUCGAUGACACGCGCUAUCCAAAGGAAAGUAAAGACGACUUGUGGUUUUACAUUGGUUUUUCUGUUGCCGGACCCUAUGCGUAUGACCCAGUCGACAGUGACACGUAUUCCAUCAUGACUCGCAAAACCAGCGGAAGUUGGUCACAGUGCGUCAUUGCGAAUUCAAGAGGCACAGAUGGCACGCCCGUGCCGAGAAGAGGGAAAGGACUUCAGCUGAGGUAUUCAAUCUCUAAAGAAAGCCAGGAACUAGGUGAAGAAAAUGCGGAGAACCCAGAUUGUGAAUUCCCAGGACUUCCUCUGCAAUUUUACCCAGCGAACAUGGGGAAACCGAUGAGCUCCUCCAUGCCCCAUUUUCUUAACACGAUAUCAGGCGAUUCCUCUGAAAAUACGUCGCAUCUUUCAACGUCUGGUUCUUCUUCUAGCUCCAACGGUUCCCCAAGAAUGUCCUCUUGGGUCAGUGUUGAUUGCCUUAAUCGCCAAGCAACAACAAUACCGAAUUCAUAUGCUUCUGCCUUGCAACAAAGAAGUGAAAGAUCAGAGAAGCAGAUGGCUAAAGCAUCAACAACGCAGCAAUCACGUGGAGCGUGCAGCAUGUUGCCUUCAAAAGGUCGCAACUUGAAAAGCGUACAAGGAACCCAAGGAAAUAAAAAACAAAUGUUCCCGGCCAAAUUCGUGGAUAAAAGAGGAAAAGUUCAUCAUGGUUCUAGUGUUCAUGGUCCCAGAAAAUCGAGCGAGUGCAAGAUUCAUACACGACAAAGUUCUGAUGACAUGAGAACAAAAAGUCAUUGUCGUUAUGCACAUCCAUGGUGGGGUGAUACUCUUCAAUAUAUUUGUACGAAGUGCACACGGAAUAACGAGCCAAUUUGUAAAGAUCGAAGAAACCAUGAGAUGUAUGUUUGGAACUUAGGCCCCUACGUCACAGAGAACGGGACGAUCUGGAAAGACACACAAAAAUGA